AUGUCCUUUGGAUGUGAUGUUCUGUUAGCUGUCGCUCAACCAAUAAUCAUUGCUCCACUUUUCACCGCAGUUUUGGCUGCCUCUUAUGAGUAUCCGUUUAUAUUUGUGUUGAUCGGAGCGAUCUACGCUCUUGCUGGUGUUCCUGUUGAGAAGAAUCCGCCGCGAAUGUUUCGAAUUGAAUAUGGAGGAAUCGCUUUGUCGUUGAUCAAAUAUUCUGUGAUCGACGUCGCCUUAGAACUCGAGAAAUGCAACGAUAUUUUACGACCAUGUUUCUAUUACAAGUGGGCGCUAGAC